AUGAUACUACGGGUCGCUGCGAUAACGUUGCUCAGUUUAUUUUCAAACGUGCUUACCGAAUUUUGCGGAAAUAAUCGAAUUCCGUUCGGGAUCGAGGUACACAAAGACGGUCAUUUAGUUUUGUUAUGUUCACGACCAAAUUGUCAUGAGAAGAAAUACGCUGUAAGUCUAACAGAGUGUCCUGAACGUGCCGAAGCUUUGUCUUGCCCGAGCAACACGUCUUGGGUUGGCGGUUUGCAAAAAACCGUUGAUGGAAAGUUGUACCUUCAAUGCUGCGAAUAUCCUAUGAUGAAAGACUAUGGCCAGCUUAUGUUCACGAACGUGGUGGUUCGACGUGGAGAGUUUUUUGAAGCUGAGGAGCGAUAUGAUAAAAAUGAUGAAGAUGUGAUACACUUUGAUAUAAUCACAAAUAUUGAGAAAGGCGAGGACGAUCGAGGGGAGUUCUACAGACUCACAGUGCAUCGGUACUAUUGUGGAAAAAUUCCCGACAUGCCACAAGCAUGGUAUCUGGAGAAGCAUUGGCCCUUCUGGCCAGAUAUGGACUCAUCAGCCCCAGCUUUGUAAUUGGCCCAACUGUUUGCCCAUUCCGCUGCUAUGUUGUUCGUUAGCAGCAGUUUAGCUUUAAAGAUCCUCCUUUCUACUUUCCACUAUCCAGUCAUGGUUAGUGUAGGAUUUAGCGAAUUUUUCAUUGUUUCAGCCUUGCUCUGUUCUCUGUUGCCUUGUCCACGACGCUCAGUUCACUUCUCGUUCUUAUUGCACACGUUGCCACUUUUCUAGCUGUGAUUUGCCCUCCUCGCUUACACUCAAAAAAACAGCAACGGGUUUUCUCUGUACUUACGGU